GACUGGAAGUGGUUAUCCUUGUGUACGUGGAUGUGUCGCCCAAACACCGAAUCUCUCUCGGCUCUUGCGUUGCACAACUAACGGUAGAAAAAGAAGGGGAAAGGGCAAAUGCCACUCGCGGCCCAGCCAAAAGGUUCCUCAUGCCCCUUCUCCUCCCUCUCUUCUUCCGCUUUUUUGUUCUCUCUCUCUCUCCCCGUAGCUAAAAGGAUGAGUCUUGAUUUAGAGGAGGAAACUCCAAGUGAGUCUUCUACAUCUGUAGCCAAGGAUGGCAGACUGGUUCCCAUGGACCUUUUGGACGAGUACUGGUUCUUCCACAACGCCCUCAAUACAAGAAGGCUCCCUCCAAGGUCCCCACCUUCUCCAAACAAAGGCAAGGAAUCGCGUGUAGGGGCUUCAAUUCAGCAACAAGCGAGGCUGGUCUCCACGCCCGAGAAGCCCUCGGAGGACAACCGGAUUGCCCCUCGUCGCUUGCUUCCAACUCCGUCGCCGCCUCCGCCGCCGCCGCCUCGCGUCGGACCGGACGAGGCUGGCCGAGAAGAUGCGGCAGUCCCUUCCGAGUCGAGCAAAUAUCCCAAGCUGCGUCACUCUCUCAGUUCUUUGGAUGACCGUCGCCGCCCACAGUACUCCUCUUCCAAGAGAAUGAUGACACCUAUUCCAAGCAUUUCGAGACGCCGACCGCCACGAGACAUCCGGGUUGAAGGGAUCAUCAGCAAGUAUUGUGCCGACCAGCAUUACCUAAUCCAAGAAGCAAACCAUAGGAAAGCAUUCCAAGAGAGGAAGUGGAAGAGCCUAAGCGAUCUUGAAUUCAUCGAGGUGCAAGGAUUCAAGGACUUGGGCUUUGUGUUCGACGAGCAAGGGUCGAGCGCCAGCCUAGCAAAUGUGAUCCCUGGCCUUCGCGGCAGGAAGGCCGGCGAAGGCGACGACAAGGUGAGGAGACCGUAUCUUUCGGAGGCAUGGUUCGUACAAGGAUCCGCCCCUCCCAUGAUCCAAUGGGUGGAUAAGAGAUCGGCGGCAGACAUUAAGGAGCAGCUGAGGUUUUGGGCCAGGGCCGUGGCGUGCAACGUCUGGCAGGAAUCCUAGCACCAUUUCCACAAGACGCAUCCAUCCAGCUGUAAUCCAUCCUCACUUGUAAUCAAACAGUUUGUUUACUUUUCUGAACUGUCCUCUAAGAAUAGAGUUAUACCCUCUCAA